AUGGCUUUUCUGUGCAGAAGUGCGACCCAGCUCCUCAGACCGUGCAAGUCUGCGCCAGUGGCCGUGUCUGCGCUGCGCCUCUGCAGCUCAGGUGGUCAGUACCAAUACAUUGUGGUGGAAAAACGGGGGGAGAACAAUAAUGUUGGCUUCAUCCAGCUGAACAGACCAAAAGCCUUAAACGCUCUCUGCGAUGGUCUCAUGAAGGAGGUGGGUCACGCCCUGGACGGUUUCGAAGCUGAUGGUGGUGUUGGGGCAAUCGUUAUUACAGGCAGCGACAGGGCUUUUGCUGCUGGAGCCGAUAUAAAAGAGAUGCAGAAUCGAACAUUUCAGGAGUGUUAUGGAGGAAACUUCCUUGCACACUGGAACAGAGUGUCCACAGUGAGGAAGCCUGUUAUUGCUGCUGUCAACGGCUUUGCUCUUGGCGGAGGUUGUGAGUUGGCAAUGAUGUGCGAUAUUAUCUAUGCUGGAGAGAAAGCACAAUUCGGCCAACCAGAGAUCCUAUUGGGAACAAUUCCUGGCGCUGGUGGGACUCAACGGUUGACUCGUGCUGUGGGAAAGUCUCUUGCUAUGGAAAUGGUGCUGACAGGAGACAGGAUCAAUGCACAAGAAGCAAAACAGUCAGGUUUGGUGAGCAAAGUUCUUCCUGUGGAUCAGCUGGUGUCAGAAGCUGUAAAAUGUGGUGAGAAAAUAGCAGCAAAUUCGAAGCUGGUGUCUGCAAUGGCUAAAGAGGCUGUUAACGCAGCUUAUGAACUGACUUUGGCUGAAGGAAAUCGUUUAGAAAAGCGAUUGUUCCAUGCAACAUUUGCAACAGAUGAUCGUAAGGAAGGCAUGACUGCAUUUGUAGAGAAGAGAAAAGCCAGUUUCCAAGAUAACUAA